CCCCCGGCGCAGCUUCACCCCGCGCGUCGUUGUGUUGUACCAACGCCUUGUGUGUUUACCUAGGUACCAAGCCGUCCGCUGCCAUCAUGUCGGAGGAGCUGGAUCCCUCCGAGUUUGUGCAGCGAAUUCGACAGCUGGGCGAGCAGCGUGAUCAACAAGACGCCGAGCGAGUCCGCAAACUCGAGGAAGAAAUCAUCCAGGGCCGCAGUGAGAGACUAGCCCGGAGAGCAGAACGCGCCCGCUCUCUCUCCCCCGACAAGCCAAACACACCCCAGUCCCAUCGCUCCGCCGCCGAUACCCCACGAAGCGUACAAGAGAAAGCUGCUAGCACACCCACCUCUAUUAUGGAUCCUCCGUCGCAAAAGUCCGCCCGCGAGGACUCACUGCAGCGCCUGACUGGUUCACCGGCCCAGCUGCUGGAGGACGACGAGCCGAAGAAGCCUGCUCCCAGCGCUGCGGCAUUGGGGCGCUCUGGCACGCUCUCUUGGCAGAGGAGACCCCAAUCUGGCGGAAUGCGGAGGCCUCUUUCGAGCGUGUCCAUGUCCGCAGACAAAGUCGCUGCUAGCUCGCCGCGAGGCACUCCGGAGCCUGGUUCUCCAGCCGAGCCGACGCCCUCGAGAAACCAGAUUGCACAGUCGCUCGGCGCAAAAGAUCCGUCCUGGUUCAAGCAAACAGCGGAUCGAGGAAUUGGCUCUGCGGCAUACCGCCGGAAUCAGGACGACAAUAUGUCGGAAGCCGGUUCAGUAUCCAGCAAGAGACAGCUCCCGGGCAUGUCUCGCGAUUCAACGGCCGAGCCUGAGUUAUCAAGUCCGCCGCCGGAGAGUUUCCGCUCGAGUUCGCCGUCGCGCGCUAGCUCUGUGCGUGGGAGUGCUGCGUGGAGCAACCGCCUAUCUACAAACACAUCUGUGUCUGGGGGUGAUGCUGAGCCAGCAGCAAAGAUAAAGUCAGCUCUGCCAGUGCUAGACUCACAGAAAUUUGCUCCACCCUCAGAAGGCGAUUCUGCGGAUGUUGGCGAGCACACCAGCACGGCCCGGUCAUUAGCAAUGUCGCCGGCGCAAGGAAGGAUCUCGCCAGAGCGCGCCGAGCGCCCUCCAUCCCCAACAAAAGGAAUGGGAGGAUUCGUGCAGAGCGCAAUGCUUAAGCGGAGCGACAGCGUAAACAAGCGGUGGAGCACCCAGACACCUCAAAGCCCCAGCCGUCAAAAUUCUAUCAUGAGCAACCGAGGAAGCGUGACUCUCGGCGGGUACCCUGCAAUAUCAAAAUUAGAUUCGAGACCGAGUAGUCUAAGUAGAGAAAACUCAAGGGAGCCUUCGUCACGGCCUGGAUCAAGCUCAAGCAAUCUCACAAUAACCAAGGAUGCUCCAGACAAGGACAGCACGCCGAAGAGCGAAUUCGUCAAACCUGCCCUUCCCCACCAUAACCGGAGCAAAUCUGUUGCAUCUACAUUCAGCGAGGACAGGGGAGCUCAAGAUGAGACCUCUCCGCCCAGCCCGUCGAAGCGGUGGAGCCCUACAAAGUCAAGUUGGCUCGAGAGUGCCCUGAAGAAGCCGGAAGCACAGAAGCCGAAACAACCACCGCCGCAACAACCAGCGUGGAUGACUGAGAUCAACCGCUUCAAACAACAGCGUAGUAGUGUUGACCUAGGCAAAGGAGACACAAUUCCACCAGGAGACACCACCUCUGGUCGAGCAUCACCCAUCAAAGAUAUACAAUUGAAGCCCACCGCGCCUCGAAGAUCUGAGCCUCCCGAAGAGGAGGAACCCAAGGAGACGGUGCAGCCGUUGCCCAAACCAAAACCUGUGUUCUCGCCCAAGCCUUCUAUAGCACCGAAAGUAGAAGUUAAGGCGCACGAAGAGGCGACUCAAGCAGCAAAUCUGAGUGAGACACCCAAAGGCGAUUCUGCAGGGCCUCCCUCCACGUCUCAGCUUCCUGCUUCUCGAUUUCCCAAGGAAUCCCCCGUAGCUUCCCCCCCAAUUAAAGCUAAGCCGGAUACGCCACCAAAGAAAGAUUUUCGUGGUACUCUUAAGUCUCGACAACCGACUUCAGAAGCGUCGAAGAAAGAUGAAGUCAACGAGUUCCAAAACGUAUUCGGUCGACUUCGGAAGGCCGAAACCAAAAAUUACGUUGCCCCAGACAUGCUCAAGAACAACAUUCUCCGUGGAAAAGCUGGACUGACCAUCACUGGCGGUCCUAAGCCUUCUGUGCGACGAGAUGAAUUCAAGGAGAGUUUGAUUAGUCAGAAAUCGGCGAUGUUGGCGAAGGCCCAAGAGACUGGCUCAGCGGCACUAAAGAAGGCAGAUAGCUCCUCUCAGGAAACUACAACCCCCGAAGCAAUAGCAAGAAGGAAAGCCCUUGGGAGAGCUGAUAGCACUGCGAAGCCUCUACCCGCACGAGAGCGGGAGGGUACUCCAGAGGCAAUCUCUCGGCAGAAGAGCCUCCAAGCUAGUAAAGCUGCAAUCCAAGAAAAAGUGGCGCCGCCUCCAUCACCAUUCGCGUCCAAAGAACCCAUGAAAUCGAGCAAGCUCGCAGACCGCUUCAACCCUGCUCUUGCAGGCAUUCUUGCCCGAGGUCCAUCUCCUAUGUCCGCCAACGCAUCGGCUUCGGGGGUUGCUUCUACAAACAACUCCUCAGUUAGAGCUCCUGAAGAAGAGAACAAAGGACCGGCCCCUGAAUUGACGCAUAUGACAAAGGGGCGAGCUCGUGGACCUAAAAGGCGAGCCCCAGCAGCAAAGCAGGCUCGUCCUAUGGAGGAGGUCCCUCAAAAAGUAGCACCACCUACAACUGUCCCUCUUGUCAAGGCUAAAGAUACCCUGCCGAGUAAUGUCCUUCCCCAAACUAACGAGGCCGCAGAAGAGUUGCCAGCAGCAAGGACUCCUGUACGGGAACCCCUCAGGGCUAAACCAGUGACGCCUGUGAAAUCGCCAGAACUCUCUAAGAAGGUCGGAAAGGACGCAUCUCCGGAAAUACCUCGGAAACCUUCUUCAAUCGAAAUGGAAAGGAAAUCCAUGGCUUCUACGAUCGACGAUGGCCCAAAGAAGGCCGCUCAAUUUGAGGCCGUAGAACCUGUCAAAGAAGUCUCAACUUCGCCAAAAGUCCCAAGUUGGAGGUCGUCCAGACCGCUCCCAACGGUGCCAUCCAAGACUGAGAACCAAGGUGAAUCUAGCGCCACGCUUCGAGAAAUUUCAGUUGACGCUACCCCGGAGAAGGUUUCUCAACCUGAGGCUGUAGAACCAGUUAAGGGUUCUUCUUCGCCAAAAAUCCAAAACUGGAAGUCAUCAAGGCCGCUUCCAGCGAUGCCAUCUAAAACCGAGAACUUGAGUCAACCCACGACCGCUCUUCGAGAAAUUUCGCCCCCGGACUCUGAAAUUUCGCCAAGCAAAGAAACCCAAUCACCGGAGAAGCCGGUUUUCUCUGUCAAGGGUGCUACGGCUCUGUGGGGUAGACAAUCUACCCCCUCUUCUCCCGCUCCUUCAAGAUCGAAGUCUCCAAUCAAGCUUCCAACCCAUGCUGACGAACAAGCUGCUCUGGAGAAUGCUGGCCUCGUUCGCUCUCUCGAACCAGAAAUAAUGGAAACAAACCCCAGGCCCGCAAAGCCCAAGCCAAUAGGACUCGGGCUAGGCAGCUUUGGUGGGCUUGUUGGGGCGAGGUCGAGAGAGUCAAGUCCCCCCAAACCUCUUUCGGCAAAGGCAUUUCCCACAUCACCACCCAUCAGUGGAAACAGACCACAGUCAGAGCCAUUUAAAGCAUCUCCAAUGCCCGAGAAAGCUAGCGGUAUAUUUGGAGACUUCUUUGACGAGUCUCCGGUAACCACAGACGAGCUCCCCAAGGAGAUUGAUGUCACCAAGAUAUUGAUGAACACACCGAUAGAUCUUAGCCCCGACAGUAAAAUUCGGACGCUACGCAAACAGAUCCAAGAAAUCACCGGUGACGGAAAACUGCUGUCUGUUCCAAUGCAGGAAGAUCACGUCCUUUACCAGGAUUCGAUGUAUUUGUGUAUCCAUGUUUUUGGAGAUGUUAAAGGUGCAAAGAUUACGGAAGUCUAUCUAUGGUCAGGGAACGGGGUCGCAGAAGCUACUCUGGAAGAUGCUCAGUUGUUUGGACGAAAUGUUGCAAAGCAGAAUCAAGGAAAGCUCAUUAUAUUGCGACAGGGCAAGGAAACUCCGAACUUCUUCGAAGCUCUCGGUGGCAUUGUCAUUACCCGACGUGGAUCGCAACCCGCGUCGAAGGAAUACAUGCUGUGCGGACGGCGACAUGUGGGUCACAUUGCCUUUGACGAGGUGGAUUUUUCUCUGAAAAGCCUCUGUUCAGGCUUUGCAUAUGUCAUCUCAACAGCAAGUGGCAAAGUGUUCCUUUGGAAAGGCCGCGGGUGUUCCGCCGAAGAGCUCUCUGGGGCCCGCCUGAUGGGCAUGGAUCUUACACCCACUGGUGAACUCAUCGAGAUUGACGAGGGCUCGGAGCCACCUGAACUUUUCGACGUCUUUCCACCUACCGACGCCAACGCAUCCACUGCCAGGUCCAAGGGGAAGCAAUCCGCUACGUCCGCGAUUCCCCGAUCAGCUGAACAUUGGCGCUACAAACCUAGUAUCCACAACUACCGUACGCGGUUGUUCAAGAUUGAGCAGCAUCAAGGAUCAUCAGGAUGGGGACAAGGCUUGCAGGUGAGCUCAUUUUUUGCGCCUCUGCUGCGCCGCCCCUCUUGGCAGACGUUUUCUGGAGAGAGGCCAACUGAACGGCCACAGACGCCAAGCACACCGAAGUCCCCUCUACCCCCAGUCACUACGAAGGUCGUCGAGAUUAUGCCGUUCUGUCAGCGUGAUCUGGAGCCUGAACACAUCUUUGUCCUCGAUGCUUUUUUCGAGAUGUAUAUCAUCGUUGGUCCCCUCUCUCGUACCCAGUCCGCUGCCUUCUCGACUGCACUCAUGUUCGCUCAAGCAUAUAGCAUGACUGCUGCGGCUGAAGAAGACCGACCCUUCAUCCCUGUCACAACUGUUGUGCUCGAAGGCGUUCCACGAGAUAUGAAAGCUGUUUUCAGGUUUUGGGAUGACGCUCUGAUUCCCGCCGCUGGGUUGAUGCGAGGAAAACUCGGUCGGGGUAAGAGCCUAAGGAUUGUAGGACUUGAGAAGGCGAUCGAAGCUACUCGGCAAUAGUUGUUAUGAGGGGUGGCAACGAGCUGAAUUUGACGUGCAUGACUAUGAACAUGUGGGACGGAUCUUGAUGAUUUGAAUGCUGGUGUUGAUGAAAGAGAUGACCUUUUACAUUCUUCGAUGUAUUACUUGGAUUGAUUUACUUGUUGCUUGCACUGUAAAUACUUUGUCGUUUCGUGUGGCACGAACCGCUG